AUGGCUGAUCCUGCGCAAAUGACGAACGCUCUCCAAAGAUUACGGUUUUCAGAAUUAGAAAAGCAAUGGGUGGAUGCAGUCUGGGAACAAGACUUCACCGAGAAGCCGGAACUGCCCCAAAGCCUUGCCCAGGAGAUUACAGACAACAGAGGAUAUGUGCGUAUUUUGAAGGACGCCAUCAAAUCAUGCGUGCCGUGGGCACGGAUUGACUUCGCUACUCUUCCACAGGGUUUCUGGAGUGUCCUAUCAGACGCUGGUUUAUCCCCUCGCUCUCUGCUGGCUUUGCUGCAUUAUUUCAUGUGUGGUGUUGAUAGGGUCAUAUCUUCAGCUAUCCAACGAGAAACCGCCAUUUUGGCUGCCGAUCUCUACUUUGUACUCAAUGAAAUACCAGGUAGCGGCGCCUACAAGAUUUUCCAUCCCUUGGUAUUUCAGGAGGCUGUUGACCUACUGAAGCAGUGGCCAGAUUCAGUAUCCGCUAAGCGCAAGAGGAAUGCAUCCGGUCCACCUUCCAGCAAUCAGGCAUCACAAGGUCGCCGUGGCAACAAGUCAAGACGUGUUGAUGAUGGAGAAGGAAGUGCUGAUGCGAUCGUCCCGUUUGAUGAGGACGAAGACAAUGAGGAUGAAAUAAACGCCCUGACUCCUCAAGAAGUGACGAGAAUAAAAUCAGCAGUGAUGGGAACUCUCAUGGACUUCAUUCACCUGCUUCGAGCCUCCUCAUUCAAGGAUGCCGAGCAGUCAACCCAGCAUGCAAUGCAGGUGAUGUCAGAGUUGACCCGGGUCACCGGUGACCAGACAGAAGUUGAGAUCUUCGACUCUAAAUUAAACCCAGAAGCAUGUUCUUCAGUAGGACAUCUGUCCUAUCUCGGCCUAGCAGCAUUGUGUUCAACGUCACAUGGCCAUGUCACCGAUAUGUUCACAUUGGUUUUGAAACAUCUAAUGCCUAACAUCUUGAUGUUGAUUGGAGAGAAUGGAAACGUUGCCAUGGCAACCAUCCCAAGGACAAUACAGAUUAUAAAGUCUAAUACAAUUGCUUUCAUCAAACGUAUGAAGAAUGAUCUUGAAGACGAAGCCAUACCAAGUCUACGUCUGCUCCUACAGCACCUCUGCGUUAAAGUCCCCGACAAGGCCGAGUACCGGGCAAAGACAGCCGAGACUGUAGCUCUCAUCUUGACUUACAUGCCGAUCAACCAUCGAGCUAAGUUUAUCGAAUGGCUGUACAAAUAUUCAAGGAAUGUUAAGAUUGGUCACCGAGUGUUUGCUCUAGAGGUAGUUGCAGUUCUCCUGGAGACACCUCAAGACCAGCAAGAUGCUGCGGCAGCAACGGCAGGAGCAACUGCAGCAGCUCCUGCAGCUAGUCAACAACAGUUCUUAUCACCUACCUUCUUGACGCAACUGCUGCUGUCUCGCUGCUCUGACAGGGCACCAACGGUACGUGCUAAAGCUCUUACUUGCUUCGCUGACUUCACAACCUCGACAGACCCAUCCAUCCAACAAGCUCUCAAUGCUUUAUUCUUCUCUCCCUCGUCUGGAACCACCCCAGUUCCUCUCCUGAACACACUGACUGCUGCAAAUCCACAGAGUUGUCCUGCAACCCCAGAGUGUAACAACCAAGACAAUCAGCCUGAGCCAACCGCUGACUCGAGGAUCGGAGAGACAGAAGAGGCUCAAGAUGGAGCCACACCCGGUAACCUCAUGGGCGGGUCUCCGGCAUUGCUCUUAGAGAUGUCCAAUGGCAGCUCUUCUGUAACUGUGGGCAGAAAUAUAAUUUGUAUGCUUCAGAAGCGAGCCCGUGAUGAAAAAGUUGGUGUUCGAAAGGCUGCACUUCAGGCCUUAGAGAACAUCCUACGUCUUGACGGAAGCACGAUCACCAUCAAGGAGCUUCAAGUUCUUCAUGAUGCAUGUCUUGAUCCAGCUCUGUCUGUCCGUAAACAGGCUGUGGCUUCUCUCACUACUCUACUCGGGGAAAAGAAAACUUGCGUACCCCUCCAAAAAGUUUGGCUUCAGAGCAUCCUACCUGGGGUCCUCGAUCGUGAAGUUUCAGCUCAAGAAAAAUGCCUACAGCUCCUAAAAGAGAUUCUAUUGGACAGCAUCACUGCUCGUAACCAUGGUGACGAUGAUGCAUCACGGUUGUCAUGGAAUCUUCUUGGGAUUUUGAGCCAAGACGGCUCAGGAGACCUGAGACGCUAUCUCCAGAAAGCUUGUUCAUUGUGGGCCAAGCAGAAAGCUCUCUCCAACAGUCUGGUCCGAGCUGUGACGUCUCAUAUCAACCAUGACAACAACCAGGCUGCAUGGCUCCUGCUCGCUGAGGUUGCACCCUGCUGCCCGACCUUUGACCCAAAGGUCAUCACGCAAGCCUGGGGUCAGUACAAGUCAGCCGAUGGGUCUGUUCCACUCACCACCUUGCAGAGAGUCCUGUCUGUGAUGGGGAGCCUCGCAGGACGCUUUGAUGACGACGUUAGACAAGAGAUGAUCGGGGAUCUGAAGGGGAAACUGAUGGCGUUUGAUUCAUCACCGGAGCUGAGCAGCUCCAUGAUAUCAACACUUAAUAAGUUAUGUCUCGCAGUCGACGGCACCACCGACAGGAACAGCACCCUCAUGAGUUCAAUAACAGAUGAGCUUCUUCAGAGAUGCAGCGUGUACCUGUCCAGGAUGAUCCUUGAGGAUGGAUCGUCCCAGAUGGCAAUCUGCGAGAGUACCUUAGUGAGAUACUUAGGGAUACUUGGUGAGGUGGCGUGUCUCUGCCCGGCGAGGAUGUCUCGAAGGAUGUUUAUGCUGGUACAGUCUCUCCUGGCCGGUCCGACCAAGUUGGAAGGAGAUUCCUUUCCCGGAUCGCAAGCCAUGAUCUCUUCCCAGACCCAACCUCCCCUCUCCCAGUUCGGUAACACUGUUCUCUCAGACACGGUCCGUGCUCAUGUCUUCAUCACUCUAGGCAAGCUGUGCCUGGUGCAUGAGACUCUAGCCAAGCAGUGUAUCGCUGCGUUGUCGCGUGAGCUGGAGACAUCCACUAAUCCGGCCGUCAGGAAUAACGUUGCUGUUAUCAUGUGUGAUUUGUGCAUCAGAUAUCCCAGCGUUGUAGAUUGUCACAUCUCUAACCUGUCAAUGUGCUUCAAAGAUGAGUCUGAGUUAGUAAGGAAACAGAGCCUUACUCUUCUCACCCAUCUAUUGCUGGAGGACUACAUCAAGUGGAGGGGUUCAUUGUUCUUUCAUUUCAUCACAAGCCUUGUAGAUGACGUCAAGGAAAUCAGAGAUUUUGCUGAGUUCUGCUUGGUUCAGUUGCUAUUGAAACGUCAUCCUAACAUGCUGUUCCAUCAUUUUAUUGAGUCCGUCUUCCACUUCAACGCUUACGACAAACACAAUGUCUACAACCAGUUCAGCCAGACAGAGCGUGAGAAGAAACUAUUCUCUCUGAAGGGCGCCCCCAAUGCUGACAAACGGAGAACCAUUUAUCGUUUUAUGCUUCAGCACAUGAAUGAUGAGCACCGAUUCAAACUAACAGCUAAACUCUCACAGGAGGUACUUGCUGGUAUCGUAGACGGUGUCUUACCUCUUGAUGAAGACACAAACAUCCUCCUUCAAGACACUUUGGACAUCCUCUGCUGUAAAGAGAUCAAACUAGCCUCAUUGCGAUCCAAAGCGCCCACUGACAUCGAUGACCGUAUGGAGAUGGCUGAAGCCGUCAUCAAUCAAGCUAAGACUAAGCUGAUUACUCAAGUCGUUAAGCAGAAUAUGAUUGAGAACAUUGUACCAAUCGUCAUAGCACUCAAGCACAACCUUGAGAAAGCUCGUUCUCCGACCCUUCGACACCUGAUGCUCUACCUCAAACAGCUGAUGAAAGAUUACCGCAACGAGGUCAAAGAUAUCCUCGCAGCUGAUCGCCAGUUGGCAACAGAGAUUGAGUUUGAUCUGAGACGGUUUGAUGAGGAGCAGAUCGAGGCAGCUAAGAAACAGAAGGCAGCAUCUAUCGCUGUAGCCUCACCACGCCCAGGCAGCAAACCAACCACACCUGUUGCAUCACCUAGAAAUACGCCCGUGGCUCAAGCUUUGCUGUCCCCAAGAUCCGUCUCAAACUGCUCCCCACGAAUCAUCCGAACUCCUCGUCCAGGUGUAGUGGACACGCCCCCUGCCACGACCAAAGUGCCUGAUGGAGCAGACGUCUAUGAUUUCCCAGCUACUCCCAUCAGGAACAACAGACCAAUAUCCCUGGCUGCCCAAGCGAUAGUGAAUUCAGCUCGCAGGGCCAUAGCUUCAGCCAAGCGUCUCACUCCUAUCAAGUCAACCUCUAGACCCCAACAUGAGGUCAGAGGUCAUGACCUUCAGAGUAAGGAGAGGUCACCGUUGAAGGAGAGUACGCAGGAGAACCAGAGCAAGACACCAACCCGUCCAAGUCUUCGUGGUCGAGCAAUUAGCACUCCGGAUCAGACUAUCGCCAAUAUCACCUUCCAUGCACCGAUGGACCUGAGCGUCAUUCCACCCCCUUCCCCGACCCCAAGCUCUCUACCCGUCAGAGUCUUUAGUGACGAGGACCCAAAGAAAAUUCAAGGAACACCAAGUUGGAAUCCUCAGCUCCAGAUUGAGAAUCGACGAGAUCUCCUGAUGAUGUUGUCCCCUGAUCAACCGACCCCUAAACCAAGAACUUGGAACAUCACCUCCCCAAAGCCACGCCCUCAAGCCAAGUCAAGAACCAAGAGCAUUCCUACCGAUCCAGCGACCAUCAGAAACGACGGAGAGAGGGAGGGCCAGGCUCAGAAGAGAAAGACCAGAGCCAGCACCUCCAUCUUGAAUCAGAGCAAAGACACUUCAGAUGGUCAGAGAGGGACGCGGACAAGACGAAGCUCACGCUCAACACAGAAGUAAACUUGAGAAGAUGGCGGAGGAAUGGAGUGUCCCUGGAAUAACACGCAGUACGUGGCCUUCGUUGCCCGUGGUCUUGGGCUUGGUGCCCCUUCAAAAGUAACCCAUAGACUUUCCAAUGGAAGAAUGAAAGAUGAAAUUCCAGGCCUUGAAUGUAGUGUCCUAGGGCCCAAUUUCAUAAAGCUGCUAAGGAGAAAUAUCUUCUUAAAAAAAUUCUUUGCUAAAGCAAGAAAUGGUUGGGGUACCAGGCAGUUGCAGCAAGGGCAACUGUGUGGUAUUCUGGCCGUAUUAACCUAUCUAUGCUUUAAAAAAAAGGUGUUUUUUUGCGCUGAGCUACUUUUUUGUGCUUACAGGCUUUAUGAAAUUUGGCCCUGAGCUUGAAAUUAUGAACAGCUGAGACCAGGCUUUCUGCUUCUUCUCAACCAUACACUCUUGAUUUGCUGAGAUGUAGACCAAGGAGCCAUUGUAAACAGCUGUAUUCCACGUACUGCAUCUCUUUGGAACUCCCUGUGAAAACACUGUUAUGCUGUUUUCUUAUCAAGUUGACAUUGUGUUCAGAUGAAACUUUCACAAGUGACUGCUAUUGUUAUAACUUUCUUUAUAUUUUGGCCUUAAACAAGUUUUACUGUUACAAAAAAAACAAUCUAUUGCCUCACCUUUAAUGGACCAGCCGUCGAUUUCACCAAA